GCGAAUAUUUGUAUUGUAUUGCAGCUAAAUUUUGAAAUCAUUUACUUCCUCUUUCGGUUUCAAGAUUGAACAUAUUUGUGGAUAAUUUUCAAAUUAGGAGCAUUUAUGUGCAAACGAGAUAUUUUUCAUAGAAAAACGACAAUCAGCUGACAUGUCAAAAAAGACUGAAGAAGAAGUCGUAUUUGUUCCUGUGGAUGAAUUAGAAAAAGAGUUAGGCAGUGUUGUACAAAAGCUGAUGAAUGAGUUACGGAAAGCGCAUUCAAGAAAUACAGUUUUGGCGAAGAAAUUACAAUCAACGGAAGAAAGAAAUAUAUUAACUCGGAAAAGGUUACGUGAUAUAGAAGAUGAUAAAACAAAAAGGGAAAGAUUGAUGGAGUGUGAAAUUUUGAAGCUUGCGGAAGACUGUAAUGGCUUGAGGUGUAAACUGAAGAAUAUUCAUGAAAGUAUACGCCAUUUAAAGCUUACUUUAAACGAAAAAGAGACAGAACUGCAAGGAAAAAACGAAGUCAUACAGAAAAAGGAUAGUGACAUGGAAGCCCUAAAUAACCAUAUUUCUGACAGCAAGAUCUACAUAGAAAAACUGCAGAGACGUAUAGAUGACAUUGCUGAGCAGAAAGAAAAAGAUGAUUUGCUGCACAAAGAAACCGAAGAAAGUCUGCAGAGCCGAAUAGAGCUAAUGGAUGCACAGAAAACAAAAGACGACUUGUUGCAUAAAGAAACUGUCGAAAGUCUGCAGAGUCGAAUUCAAGAAAUGUCUGCCGAAAAAACGGAUACAGUGAAAAAACUGCAAGCGCACGUAGAUGAGGAAAGAAAAUACCGUUUUGAGCUAAGUUAUCAGUAUAGCCAGCUGAUACAGGCAAAGCAAGCACCCGAAAACGUAAAGAAACAGGGUGACCAAGAACAAAAAAUACAAAGUUUAUUGCUGCUGAGACAAGAUAAAGAACAGCAAACUGAGCUCAGUCAUUACAUAGCAGAACUCAGUGACGAAAAAAGACCUACCAAACUUGCGGAGGAAUUUUCAGAGUUAUAUGUUAAUGAAUGGACAGAUGCUUUUGAAGAUGUACCUAAACAAAAUGAGAAACAGAAAGUCGAUUUCAUGUUGAAACUGUUAAUGCGCGCUAAUGAGAUAUGCCGAAACGCAUGCACUGAACACACAAGCACCAUAAAACACAGCUUUUGUACACUUGUCGUCGAGACUGACCCGGCUAUGGGAGAAGUGUGUGGUGAAGUACCUGGGCGACUUGCAUCGGUUCACACCAAGGGAACGAGACAAGCAACGGACCAUGGACACGGAAGACCGAAUGCAGCAAAACAAAAAAAAGUUAUCGAAACGGAUUUUGAGCAAACACUGAAAAACGAAGAGAAGAAAACUAUCAUGGAAAUAGGAAAGUUUUUCAAGCAACGGCUUUCAGAAGACGUGGAGAAGGUCGGAACUAAGAUCAUAUUGGAAGAACAAAAUAUAAAUCAACACUCGGAGGCUGUUGCAGCGUACAUUCGGAAGUGCAUGAAUAUCUGCUGGUCAAUGUGCAGACACAUGCCAUCAAUGCAUGUUGAUGUCCCUGAUGUUACUGGAGACAUUCAUUUUGAUACAAAUAUAUACAAACCCUACACGAAAAGCGGGAAAUAUGUGCAGUAUAUUGUCUGGCCUGCGGUGUACCUUCAUGAAGGGGGACCUGUGUUGUGUAAGGGUGUUGCUCAAGGAAGAAAAUAAGUUAUAAAUGUUAACAUGUAUGACGUUUUCAAAUCAAUGUGCUUGGAAACCAUGCUCAUGAAGAUAAUAAUUCUGACAAAUCAUCGUCAGAGUAGGAAAGUAUGAAGGAGCGGAUCUUACAGCCGUUGUUGCAAGUUUUCUAGUAUUUGAAUAGUGUAGUCUUAAUGAAAUUUAUAAUUGUUGAACAACAUUUCAUUUAAUCUUCUGUUCCUUCUGUUGUAAACUUAUUUCAUUUUGAUUGCAGUAUAACUGUAAAAAGAACAUAUAAAAUUGUAAACUUUU